CGAGAAUAACAACUUUGGGGAGCUUCCCGCAUCCCAGACCGUGUUCCCGGCGCUUGAGCCGAAGCAUAGGCUGGACUGCUCCUUUCGUGACAGCGGCAUGCGGGCUUCCUCACAGAUAGCCACAGCGACCAGGGUAGGCCGCGACCGUUUACGCGGGCACAGUUGCAUCGAACAAGAACGGCUCCCGUGGCGGUCGUGCAUUCUCUCCGCACUCCGUGCGCUGUAUAAGAUCUCAGCUCGCCCACAUGUGUAAGCCGCCCUGCCACACAAAUACUUAUCCAGACCUCUUCCUUGCACGUCACAAGCCAACUCUCGCGUCAUCCAUUGCGCUUGACGACUGCGCAUAAUUAGAGAAAUAGCCUACCGUCUUGUAAAGACUGUCAAGCUGUCACAUUAGCACCGCGACCAGCGUUCUCAUUGAGCGUCAUACACAUUGUGCGAGAUGGACUCCCAGUCUUUCGAUUACUGGAUGUCACAGAGCCAUUACGUUCCUCCUCAACCACAACAUGCAGCCCUGUACGACGUACCUCCAGACAUGUCCAAAGUACCGAGUCUGAGCGGAUCACCAGAGUCAUCGACAUACGAUCAAUUUCCUGCACCUCUCCACCAGGCCUAUUUUCCUCAGGUCGUCGACGAGCCAAUGCAUUUCGGAUCGUACCACAUGCCAAUGACGCCUUCAGAGUUUGGUUCAGACCACGACAGCCCUUACUGUAGUCCACGGCCUAUUCCACAUACAGAUUCUGUCUACAUGAACGGCUCCGCAGCACUGCCUACAGACAAGACACACACUACAUCAGGGCGUCGACGAGCACAGAAUCGAGCAGCUCAACGCGCCUUUCGCGAACGGAAAGAAAAGCACGCCCGUGACCUCGAAUCGCAGCUCUCAGUCCUGUCAGAAAAGUACAGCAAGCUCGAAGUGUCGCAUACCGAACUCAAUGCCGCAUACGAUAAACUCCGGAAGACUAUCGAGCUGCUGAUUCAAGACGAUGACGCCGAGGGUCAAGACGAGGAUGGAACAACAACUCAUCGCAAGAGCAACAACUCAGACACCCUCCGAAAGCUGCUCGGAAUACUACAUGGGGAGAUCAAAGGAGCGAUACCGCUCAAGUCGGAAUCAACUUGA